UAUUAAUUUGAUUAAUUAGUUGUUAAUUUUAUUGUUAAUAAGCUAACCUCAAAAUUUAAAAAAUGGGGAAAAAACCGAAGAACAACAAAAAUAGAAAAAAUAAAAUUACUUUAGUAUUUGAUGAAGAAAAGCGGAGAGAAUUUUUAACUGGUUUUCACAAAAGAAAAUUACAACGAAAGAAAAAAGCACAGGAAGAACUACAAGAACAAUUAAAAGCAGAACGAAAACGUUUGAAACAGGAAGCUAAAGAAAGUUAUAAAAAUUUAGUAGUGUCACAUCGACCUAUACCAGAAUUAGAACAUCUUUACAAAGAAGAAUACGAAGAUGAUGGUGUUUCAGUUCAAGUUAUGGAAUUAUCCGAAAAUUCAAUAGCAAAACAAAAUAAUUGGAUUGGUCCAAACAAACCUCAAUACGAGGAAAAUGAUAAAGAAAACUCGGAAAAUGAGGAUUCUGAUACAGAAGAAAUUGAAGGAAUGGAAUUGAAACAAAAAAAAAUAUCCUCGAAAACGAUUCAAAAAGAAUUACCUGUAUUUAAAACUGAAAAAGAUGUUAAAAAAUUAUUGAAAAAACAAGCCACAAAAAAUGUACAAAAAAGUAAACCAUUUCAAAUAAAACACAAAUUAGAAAAACAGAAAAUGAAAAAGAAAUCAUUACAACAGAAACGAUUACGUGCAAAAGUCCAAGGGAAAAAAGGGAAACAUUUGAAUAAAUAAUUUAUGUAUUUAGUAUAUAGGCUCAUAGGUUAGAGACUGUGGUAGUAUUUGUUUGGAAUUUAAGAAAGACUGGAAAUUUCACAGGCUUUUGUAAAGUUAGACACGGUCUUGUCUUAACAACGGCCAAUUUUUCAGCCGUUCUUAAAUGAUCCGUCAAAUAUUACCCCUGAUCCUAGACUAUGAUUUUUUUUAUUAACGUUUAUGUAAAAAAAUUAUAUAUUUAAA